AUGGAAAAAUACACGGAGAGGAACGCGAACAACCAGUGUAACGUGCCUUAUAGACCCAAAUACAGGAGGUCCCAACUAGGCAUGGUCCCCAAGUAUUCAUUGAUGGGGCCUUUCAAAGGACACAUGAGCAUCAAAAGUAACCCUUUUUCUCCAAAUUCUUCCUGCAAGCUGUCAAGUCAGUACAUUGUUGAAGAUCACAUGGCAACACAUUAUAGAAAAUUGCUAUCUGCCAAAGCUGCUGUUGAUUCGUCUGCUCCAAAGAGUUUGACCAUGAGCGUCAAAUACAGAGACCAACAGAAAAGAGAGGCCCUUAUCAAAGCAGUUGAGAAAUACAAGAAAGAAAGGGCACAGAUCCGUUCAGACCCUCUAGUUCAUUCCAGGAGUGUUUCCAGUGAUCAUGAUAAAUUACAGAGCGGCCUGGAUUUGGCUACAAGAAGAAGAAUGCAAAUGCCAUCCUUGAAACAAAAAGACGAGUGCUUCCCCAAACAUUUCAAGAAGCUACAUUCAAGAACUCAGUCCCAAAUUUUAAGUGCAGAGGAGGCCAUCCAAGAUAUUGUCUGGUGGUCUUUAUCUCAGGCUCUCUACAAUGGCAAGAAGACAGUUCACCAGCAUCCUCUGCCACUUGACCAGUCUCACAGAGUGAGCCCUUCUCUGCGCCACAGCAGAAAGAUGCCAUUUCAACCCCUUCAUAAGAAAACAUUAAAUAGAGACCUAUUGGAUGUUCAUAGACAAUGGUUUACAGAAACAAAAAAGCCCUUUACACCAAAAGUUUUAAAAACGCCAAAUAAAUCAUUACUUUCAAAAUACAGGUAUUAUAAUUCUCCACAAAGAAAGAAGACCUUCUUGUCUGAUAAACCACUGCACGAAAACCCAGGAAAGUUUUAUAGGGCUCUGGAAGAUAAAUGUCUACGAUCUUAUGCAGAUUACUUCAUGCAGCAUCCAGUCAAGAAACACCAAGAGACUUCAGUUUCUCUGCAAGCACUGCUUCAGGCAAAAGAAGAAGAGUUGAAGUACCUUCAGUUUCUUAAAGAGAUUACAAAUGACAUUUUGAUCAGAAGUUGUUACCAGAACAAGGCACUUGGUGAUGUAUUUCAGAUACAUGUUAGAAGCAGAAAGUGUGACCUUGAUGAGGCAAAAAUGCAAAGAAUUGUUUGUGCCCUGAAGGAAGAUUUGAACAACUACACUGAUCUGCCAGAUCCUUCUAUCAAUUACUUUGGCUUGGAACGCAGGAGUGGUCACCUCGUUGCAUCAAAUAUGUAUCCAUUUUUUCUCCAUUCUCUGUAGAGUUCUGAGUAUUUGACUGAAACAGAAUUUACAGGUACAGAAAGAAAUUUUCCAUACAGGUAGGGAACAAAGCAAUGCAGAAUACAUCUUACUUACAAUGCCUGACAUUCACAUUAGCGUUCGAAAAAGCUCAUGCAAGCAAAGAGCUGAAGAUGAAGAAGUAUACAAUUUUACCUGAUGCCUCCUUUCCACUGCAGAACCCUACACUGUGGUAUGUUUU